AUGGAUCGUUCAUGUAGCUGUUUUCGUCGUCGCCGAAGACAAUUUUCUUCUCCGUCAUCGGAGACAAGAACAACAUCGUCGUUGACAUUGUCCUCCUCUGUCCGCAUCCUGCUAUUUAUCUUAUGUGCUAGCCAUGUUUUUAGCGGUAGUAAUCCUAUAAAUCUGGCGAUGGCUUUUGAUCUGAACACCAUAACCUUCAAUCAAGGCUACGCUCCUCUGUUCAGCGACUUCAAUAUCUAUCGGUUCGAAGAUGACAAGAGCGUCCGUCUCCUUCUCAAUCGUCAAUCUGGUUCUGGUAUUAUAUCGAUGGAUUAUUACAAUUUUGGGUUCUUCAGUGCAAAAAUCAAAUUGCCAAGGAAGUACACCGCCGGCAUCGUCGUGGCUUUUUAUACAUCUAAUGUAGAUAUGUUUCCAACGACUCAUGAUGAACUAGACAUGGAGUUUUUGGGAAAUGUAAGAGGGAAGCCAUGGAGGUUUCAGACAAACGUAUAUGGUAAUGGUAGCAUGGUCCGUGGACGAGAAGAGAGAUAUCGGUUAUGGUUUGAUCCGAGCAAGGAGUUUCACCGCUACAGCAUUCUUUGGGCACGGAACAAGAUCAUAUUUUACGUGGAUGAAAUCCCAAUAAGGGAGAUUUUGCGUGACGAGAAUAUGGGAGGUGACUACCCGUCAAAGCCUAUGUCAUCGUACGCCACCAUAUGGGAUGCCUCCUCGUGGGCCACCAAUGGUGGCCGCCACAAAGUCGACUACCAAUUCGAACCCUUUACUUGUGAGUUUCGGGACCUUGUCCUCCAGGGUUGUCCCGUGGACCCCACCGAUGCCACCUCAACCAACUGCCUUGAUGCCAUCGACGAACUUGAAUCCUCCGAAUUUGCUACCAUCACUCCACGGCAGCGUCAAGCCAAGAAGUGGUUCCGAGAAAAGUAUAUGUACUAUAGUUACUGUUAUGACCGGCUCAGAUAUCCUUCUCCACUGCCGGAGUGCCCAUUAAUUUCUUCUGAACAAGAGUUGUUUAAGAAUACUGGAAGGCUAAAGAAUCGCCAACGAUUUCACCGGAAGCAUCGGAGUCGAGGCACACGGCGGCCGCGCAAUAUGACCGCUGUAUAUUAGCCCACAUAUCCAAGGUACUUGUAAUCUUGUAUAGUCUCACACCUUUAACCUCUUCUGUUAUGAAAUUUCCUUUUACAAAAUACCAAUAAUGUUACAAAAAUAUGUGUGAAAUCAUUAACCUCUAAACCCAUGGAUUUCUUACCUAACAACUUACCAAGUCUAUC